UCGCGGUGACAGACGUUCGACCACGACUACGACCAAUAAUAUAAAUAUUUAAAUUAAUUAUAAUUCCCAUUCCGUGUCGCGUGUUGGUCGUUUCUGUCUGUGUCGAACUAUAAUUCAUAAAAGUGAUCAAGUGCUAUUUUUAUUCGCAUCCGAGAUGUUGAAGUACGUGUGCCUGGUGAUUGUGCUGCAGACGCUCUGGAUGGUCCAGGCUGAAGCCCCCGCCUAUAUCAAGCAAUGUCAUCGCGAUGAUCCCAAGCUGGUGGACUGCUUCAUGGGUGCCAUAGAGCAUCUGAAGCCCUAUCUGGCCAGUGGAAUUCCCGAGAUCCAGCUGCCCUCUGUGGAGCCCUUCAAGAUGGAUUCCCUGGCCCUGCAGCUGACAGAGGGGCCACAGGGCUAUAAGAUCACCCUCAAGAACAUGGAAGCAUUUGGGGCUAGCAACUUCCAGGUCAAGUCUCUCAAGCUGACUGAAAACAACGAGCCCUUCAAGGCGAAGAUCGUGAUGCCCAAGCUGAAGAUCGAGGCUAAGUACACCAGCUCCGGUGUCCUGCUGAUCCUGCCCGCCUCAGGCGGCGGUGAUUUCCAUGCCGUCUUCGAGGGCGUGAGUGCCGAUCUCACCGGCAAGACAUCGGUGCGUGCGUCCAAGGGGGCAAACUAUCUGCACAUCGAUUCGCUCAGCCUGGUGCUGGAUGUAAAGGAUGUAAAAAUGAGCAUCUCCGGGGCGUUCAACAACAACCGUAUCCUGCUGGAGGCCACCAAUCUCUUCCUGCGCGACAACUCCCAGAUUGUCCUGGAAGCCAUGCAGAGCCAGCUGCAGAAGAAGCUGGCAAGCGAAUUCGGAAAACUCGCCAACCAGCUGCUGAAGAACGUUCCUAUCGAGCAGUUCUACGUGAACUAGUCGAAGCCCCGGCCCUGCAUCCUAGUCUAAGCACCUACUCUAAGCAUUAUUUAAUUGUAAUUGUAAAUUACUUACCCGCUAACGCUAUGAGCCAAGUAUUAAAUUGUAUGUGGUGUGAACAUCGUAGACAGAA